UUCAAGCCCGUGAACAUGCUGUGGCUGCUAACGCUCACUCUACUGUCUUCCUUCUGCUGGAUAAAUAAAGCAGAUCUCUGCCAAGAGCGUCCGGCUCUCUUCUUCAAGUGCGUCGCGCCGGCCCGCAAUCCGUGCCUUCCUCGCUCGUGGGUUUGCGACGGAGCGCCCGACUGUCCGGACGGCUCCGACGAGACGUUUUGUGAUGGGUGUGACCCUAAAAAAUGGUUUCGAUGCGACAUCGGUCAUCCGUGCAUCGAACUGAAAUGGUUGUGCGACGGAACACACGACUGUAUAGACGGAUCUGAUGAGAAAGUGUCUCUAUGUGGAGCCUGUCCUCCAGGCAGUUUCCAUUGUAAAAGUUCGGGCGAAUGUAUAAGCAACUCAUCUGUAUGUGACGGCAAUCGUGAUUGUUAUGACAACUCGGAUGAACAACCUCCCCAUUGCUUUCGUCCGCCUAAACCGCCUUGCAACUUGACACGGGAGUUUAACUGUCAGGUUCCUUCGUCGUUUGCUCAUUGUAUACCGAAGUCGUGGGUCUGUGAUGGUGAAAACGAUUGCGAUUCAGGGAUAGAUGAGGGUGCUGUUUGUAACCCACCAGGUUCGACCGGAAUUCCUGUUCCACCUUCAUCAACUCCAGCUCCAACAAAUCCAGAGCCUAUUGUUGUUCAAUGUGCUGACGAUGAAUUUCAAUGCUACGACGGCGUGAGAUGCUUACAAUGGUCUCAUCGAUGUGACUCCAUAGUAGAUUGUCAUGACAACUCGGAUGAAGUUGGCUGUGCAGAUGUCCCACACUGUCCACCUAAAGUUCAAUUUUCUUGUGGUAACUCCAACUGCGUUCCUCUCAACAAGCACUGCAACAAAAUCGAUGAUUGUGGCGACAACUCGGAUGAAUUCAACUGUGGCCUUACACAAACCAAAUGGCAAGAAUGCGAGGGAAUGUUUCGUUGCGGCAACGGAGAGUGUCUCACGUUCAAACGAGUCUGCGAUAACAAAAAUCACUGCAGCGAUGGAUCAGACGAGAAGGACUGCUCAUUCAACGAAUGUCAAAGCGGCAAGCCUUGCCCAGGGGGGCAGAUAUGCAUCGACGAGCCCACUUCGUAUCGAUGUACUUGUGCUCGAGGAUAUCGUAUCACGACGACAGGCUGUGAAGAAGUGGACGAAUGUCGGGCGUAUGGAAGUUGUGCACAGUAUUGUACGAACACUCCUGGUAGUUUUACCUGUAGUUGUGCUUCUGGUUAUACACUCAAAGCAGACGGUCGCACAUGCAAGGCGAACGACGGGGAUCCCAAAUUGGUGUAUGCUGACGGGCAGGACAUACGGCUAAUGCAUCUUAACACAAUGACAACAGAAGAUCUCGCAAAAGAUAGAUCCUCAGUCGUACCAGUUGCAUAUGACUUCAAGAAAGGCUUGAUCUACUUUGGUGAAUACCAAAGGCAUCGUAUUAGUGUUGUUCCUGUUAAUGGCAGUGCAGAACCAACAACCAUUUUAUUGCCACAGCAUGGUGCUCGUGAGCCUGACGGUCUUGCUGUCGACUAUCUGAAUGAUUGGAUUUAUUGGGCGAGCCCGAUUACUCGUAUGAUCUUUAUGGCUAAAUUGGAUGGUUCUUAUCAUCGAGUUGUCGUGAAUGAGAGUAUGAAGUUGGACGAGCCGCGUGGUCUUGCUGUUGAUCCAUUAAGAGGGUAUCUGUUCUGGGCUGAUUGGGGGGAUCACUCACAUAUCGGUGCUGCUGCGAUGGAUGGAACGGGACAGAGACACAUUGUGGUGGAUGGAUUGGUGUGGCCGAAUGGAAUAGCGGUUGAUACGAUAACACAGAGGAUCUACUGGGUGGACGGUCACCAUCAAAAGGUUGAAGUUGCUGACUAUUUUGGAAACAAUCGAAAAGUGAUUGUAAAGGGUGGUAUUGGACGGCCAAUCUUCAUUGCAUUGUAUGAGGAGAAGAUGUACGUGUCAUCUGAAUGGGGAGACAAAAAAGAAGGAAGAGUGUUCGUCGCUAAUCGUCUAGACGGGACACAUUUGAUGACGAUUACUACCAACGUGGACUCUGUGCAAGGUCUCACAGUGUAUCAAAAACAACAGCAACAACAUGCACAGAAUUACUGCGAUACGGCGGGAUGCAGCCACUACUGCGUUACAAGCUUCGUGUCAGACUACACAUGUCUUUGUCCUCCUGACUCUGAGUUGUUGAACGACAAAAAAACGUGUUCAGUUGGCAUUUCGAGAUGUACCGACAGCUACUGUAAUAACAACGGCCAAUGCAUCGAGGAAGGCAACACGAGGAGAUGCUUAUGUGACAGCAGCCAUACCGGGUCUCAGUGCACUGAAAUUGUACGCGAGAUGUUGCCGUGUCCUGCCAGACGAUGCCAGAAUCGUGGGCAAUGCUACAUAGCAGCAGAUGGUCAAUACUGCGUGUGUGAGAGUGACUUUACUGGUCCACAAUGUGGAAUUGAUAUUGUGAUAACACAGGAGCCGCCUGUUGAGACUAAAGGGAGUAGCAGCAAUUCAGUAGCUGUUGCUGUGGGAGGUGCCGUUGGUGGUCUUGUUGUCAUAGCGAUUAUCAUCAUUGUCGUCAUUCUUCUAGUACGAAAUUUGAAAGGGAAAGGUUCGGUCAACUUUGAUAACCCUGUGUAUCAUGGUGAUGGCAACUCGACAAAUUCGCAUCCAAAGAAGGGAGUUGAAGAGACUAAUCACAAGGUCAAUGAUAAUGCUGGUGCUACUUCCGUUUGAUGAUGGUUAGGAGAUAGCAGUGUGUCAGUUCAGAAGUUGCCAAUGUUACACAACCUUGUUGGCAUGUCUCACAUCGUCACCAGAACUGACAAUAAAUUGUUAUGUUAAUAGUUUGUAUGUUUUGGUUCGAUAGAUUUGUUUUGUUAGCUGCAUGUAAAGCGUAGUAAUUUAUGGUGAUAGUAAGUAAGACUGUACAUAGUAGGACGAGAUGAAAAGAGUUACUUUAUACGUUGA